CGUUGGACAUUGAAAGAGGCAUCGUUGAGCGACUUUAUCGAGGCAUUAUUUUCUAAAUAAGUAAAAGUUUGUUUAGCUUUCCCAAAGUUGGUAUUUCCAACCUUGUUGUGUAGCACAGUCCAAUUGGCCAGUCUCAGUGGGAGUAAGUUAAUUUCAAAUAAUGAGUCCAUUGAAUAGAGGUCCACUGAUGGGUCCACGGAUUCCACCUGCAGCAAUGAGGCCACCGAUGCCCAGAUUUGGCAGGGUACCUCCGCCUCCGCCACCGGGUAUGGCUCGACCCAUGCCACCCCCACCGAUCAAUCCCAUGUUUGGUAUCAGAGGCAGGCCAAUACCGCCGCCGCCGCCGCCGCCGCCGCCGCCGAGACCAGGACCGAUGAUGGGUAGGCCGGGAGUGCCCGUGUGCCCGCCGAUGUUCCCCAGAGGCAGACCGCUGCCGCCUAUGCCACCGAUGGGGCUCAGAGGGCCCAUGGUGCCUCGUGGUCCCAUGAUGAGACCGGGACCCAGAGGCAUUCUUCCACCCCAUGUUCUGCCCCACAUGAGGCCGAGGUUUCCACCUAAUCAUCUCAAUGGCAAGGGUAAAAUGAAUGCUAAAAAGGCCAACAAACUCGAGGAAUUAGAAUUAAAGAAGCCAUGGAUGACAGAUGAAAUUCGCAGCGAAAUUCAAAAGAAGAACAAGCUUUAUGCCAAAGCUAAAAAAAAUAAGGAUGCCAAGGAAUGGGAGGAGUUCAAGGAUUUGCGAAACAAAGUCACUCGAAUGAUAAGAGAUGCCAAAAAUGAAUAUCUUGCAAAAAAUCCUGAACAGGCACAUCUUUAUGAAAACGAUGAUGCAAUCGAGGAAGCUAAUGAUGGGCAUGAUGAGAUCAAUGAACUCUCUACAGACUCCGAAGAAGAAUCUAGUAAUCUUUAUUGUGAAGUUUGCGACAGAGAUUUCGAUUCUAAGGAGCUGCUCCAGAAACACAUCGAAGAACAUCAAACUUGCAACAUCGAUAGCUGUACCUUUACCGCUCAUCCAAAAAUAGUUGAAAAACAUAUCAGCAUGCAGCAUUACACCGGCUUAUAUCACAAAAUGAAGAAUUUGUCAAGCGAAGAGGACAUUAAAAAGUGGAAGGCUGAGAGAAAAAGGCUAUAUCCAACGUCGGUCAAUAUUCAAAUAAAACAAGCUACCCAUCUGGAGAAGAAAAAGCGUGGGGAAGUUAUUGAAAAUCAAUCGAAUAGGGCACAUGGCACAUUUAAAAAAGAAAAUUUGCGAAAGAAUCGUAAAAGGAAACGUAAUAAAUUAUUCAAAAACAACAAUUGCCAAACAAUAGAAGAUGGUACUGUUUAUAGAAAUUUACGGGCAUUUACUGGCACAGCCAUCUUGAUUUAUCGAUUCAGAAUGUUAAUGUUAUUAUUUAUAUUGAUAGGUGUACUUGCAACAGCGGAUGAAAAUGAUUGUCAGCCAACAGAAUUUAAGGAAACUGAAGCUUUAGUGGAAUGUAAAAUUGAAAUUUCAGAUGAAGAAACUCAAGCGAGCGAACAAUCGACAAAGAUACACGUACCUUCGAAAAUAUUUAGUUUGGUUGCUGAUUAUGGAAGCAAUUCCGAUAAUGAUGAACCUCCGGACGAAGUAUCUACUAAACUAUUAAAAUUAGAGGACAAUGAAAUUGAUGAAUUGUCCCAGUCGCAAAUUGUAUCAUCGACAGUUAAGGAAAAUCAUAAAGAGAACGUGGCCCAAGCUGUCAAUUUACCGACAACAACGAACAAUAGGAAAACAAAAGUUAAUAAGAGCAUAAAAAGAAAUAACGAAAAAGCAAUUCGCACAAAUGGUCAAGAGAUUUCCAAAAAUAAUAAAUCAAAUAGACUCCAAAAAUCCAAACAUUUUGAAAUCAGCAGCGGUAGACUAACAUUAUUGAAGAAAUUGCUAGCGCGCUCCAUACAAUAUGAACGUAAUGUCAUUUUUCAGUGCAUAAAAUUUAUUGCUAACAAUAAUUUCUUUGACUGACCAAGCCACCUCAUUAUCGCUCAUUACUAAAAACAAACGAACUUGUACAGUUUUACAGUACAAAAUGAAAAUGUUAAUACUUAAGAAGGUACAAUUUUAGACAAACAAAGAACAAAAGA